AGCAUUAAAUGCUUGUGUUUUUACUCUUACCUUUCAUUGUGAGGGAAAGAGACUGGCAGAAAGCUUUAAGGAAACGGAGUGAUAGUUACCAUAUAUUCAACUUAAUGACAGUCUAUCGGUAGGAUUUUUACGUGGUGGACUUCAUCCACAUAUCAUUUGCUUCUAUCCAUUUUCUAUUUUCGUUCUUGUUUGAGCUCGUAAAAUCGGAGAGAAUGUAUUGGCAGUCAUCAAAUCAUUGUAGUGUGAGAAGGGUUCGUACUAAGUCGUCUUCCGCGUGUUGUUUUAGAGUCUCACCCCUGUAUUAUUCUUCAAAUAUUCUGAUGCUUUUUACGAUGAGAGUGCUGGUGGCGCUGGCGCUAUGUCUCUGUUUCAUCGCUCCGUCACCGGUUCUGUCUUUCACCAUGCCCGAGGAAAAAUUCGUCGAGAAUAAAAUGGCAGAUGUCGGAGAAGAGGGCACAGGGCAAAACAACAUUAACUCGAUAGCAAAAUCGUUGAUUCGAGAAGUAUUCGGGGCAGCGGAAGAGCGAGAAAUGGAGGCCGAAAACGAGGCUGAGGAUGAAGCCGAGCUGAGUCUAUCGAAACGUACGACUGGGUCCACUAGACCACAAAGAGAGAUACGAGCACGAGCACAGUACGCCGCAAGGCGACCCCCAGUUACAACCCGCUCUAAAUUCACUUUCGGCAAGAGGUCUUCACCCACGCCAGUGAUCUCAAGACCUUUGGCCGAACAAUUACUUGAAGAGCUUCAACGAAACGCAGAGAUGUCAGAUGAUUGGAGGGAAAGUGACAAGCUGGCGCUAUUAAACGAUGCCGCCCUCUAUGACAGCCUCGUCGAUAGUCACCAAGUGCAGAAGGACGCCUACUCGGCGUUUUCGUUCGGAAAACGAGGAAUGUCGGCGUUUUCAUUCGGCAAAAGAGCCCAGCCCAGUUUUGCGUUCGGAAAGCGAGGUCUGAUGCCGAGUUUUGCGUUCGGUAAGAGGCCACAUGGCGGUUCAGCAUUCGUAUUUGGACGUCGAGAUUGGGCGCCGAGGGAACAGGACUUUGCCAAUGCAGCCGAAGAGUCAGGUCCAUACAAGCGGGGAGAUCUAGCCUUUGCAUUUGGAAAACGAGAAGAUCAAUAAAAUGCAGUCCUUAAAAAAAAAACUCGAAUUCUAUCAGAAAAAAUUAAUAAAAUAGCGCCGAUGUUUGUACUGAAUGUGAUCAGCAUGCUUUCUUCUCAAUUCUUGCUUAGGAUCAAAAGAAUUCUCUCUUUGGUGAGAGGACUAUGAUAAUAAUGAUUACUCCAACGGGUCCAAUCUAAAUAUGAAGUUUGAACUGUAACUCAUUAACUGCGAGUCAAACACUUUCACCAUCCCUGCGUUUAAGCAAAUUAUGAAACCAUUAUUUGUCAUUAAUGACGUAAGGGCGUGAACGUUUUCAAUAUAAUAUCUGUUCAAAACCCAAAAAUUGGUGAAAUAAAAUAAUUAGCAGACAGUAACACCCGCAAUCGAUUUGUAUUUGCUUCAGCUCAUCGUUAUAAACAAUUGUUGAGAUUUUCUAAACGGCAGUCUUCAGCAAACUUUCUACAAUUUUUCUCUCUUGUGUAAUGAUAAACUAACAGGUUAUGAAAACUCAUGCCCUUUUUUGUUAUGAUCUACUUUACGAAUGGAUAAAUCUAAAAUAGAAGUAAAGUCACUUUUAAUCUCAAUGUUCAUGAUUUACCAUGACAAAAAAGGAUUGUGAUGCCCUGGAUUCAAGUUUCUAAUAAGACAACCUAAUGCCCAUUCUUUCGCUUUGUAAUAAGAACCUCUCAGAAGCUCAUAAGAAUCAAGGAGCUCCUUGUGAAAUAAUAAUUCCAUCUUCGGUAUUCGUGAGUUCACAUCUCUCCUACCUCUUAUCCGUGAAAUAAUUGUCUGGUUACCAAUUACUCCAAGAAUUGAAGAUGUACUUGAUUGGAGAUUUUCAAUGUUAUUAAGCAAAUACCGCAGGCGCUUUUAGGUAUAAAAAGUAACAGUGACAUGAUUCUCAAUUGAACUCUUAAAGUCGGGAAAGAAAUGCUAACACUUCUUAUAAGUUCAUUAGGUGCUCAAAACAUGCAAAGCAUGAUACUUUCAGAAGAAUUGUAAAGACUGAUGUUCAUAAUAAUAUUAAACAGAAUUUAACGCAUCGUAUUAAAUUGAAGGGUAGUUUGCAUUAAGAAUAGAAAGAACAUGACAUCGUUACCUUUUACAUGAUACCAAGAAAGAACUAACCAUUCAUAACACUACAACCAGUCUUCAACAAAUACAUAUAUAUUAACGCGGGGGAUGUAAAUCCGAUUACAACAUUGAUAUGUCUAAUUUUAAGGAACAAAUACUGAGCAAGAUUCAUGUGCAAUAUUUUGUUUUUGAAGAUCAGAAAUGUUUGGCGAAUAAGUCUUAUCCAGGAGAUAAAUGAAAGUUAUGAAUGAUCGUCAUUGAAAAGUAUGGAAUAUUUUUGUAGCGUUGCGGAGGAGGGCGUUAUAUUCCUCACGUCACUGUUAAUAGGUACUGAAGAUACUAAAUUCGUAUAAACCCUAUUUUCUUUCAGUCGUAGUACACUGUUCAUUAAAAUAACAGAUAAAGACAUUUUUAUUUCGCCAUAGAUUGUUUGAAGGAGUACGAUUUUUUAAAUUAGCUCGUGAUUCGUCCGUUUAUGAUAUCAUAUUGCUUGUAAAUAAGAAGGAAAUCAUUCUAGCAUUCAUAUGACUGAGCAUAGGAACACAGCCGAAAUAUGUACAUUUGAUUCUAAUUUGGUGGAACAGUCAUUCACUUGCAGUGUUUAACGACUUUUUUUUUCCUCUCUGAAAAAUUACAUUGUUUUAAAUUGUGUUAUACUGUGUCGAAAACCUCCUAUAAAUAGAAAAGAAAUAUGAAAAAUAAA